ACUUAACUUGGUAACCAAUGAUUGUAAGCUGUAAAAAACUGAAAACAUCUUAAAACUAUCAACAGAGAACCAAAUCUGAAACGAAAUAUUCAAGACACCAUUAAAUAUAGCGUGAAGCAAAGAAUCCAUCUUUCCUAAAGUUGAAACCGUCCUUUUCAUCAAACUUGCACUCUUGCACGUAUCCCUCACCACAACAAGAUAUAUUCCAUCUUUCAAGACCGCAAUUUGCUCAACUAACUUAGCAAAACAGUCGUAACAAUGGAAAUUCUUCAUUGCCCAUUCUUCCCAAAAUUCCCUCAACCAAACACUCCCCAAUCUAACACCGCAAACAGACCUCAAACAACAAUAGCCCGAAGCUCCUCCUCCCCAACAUUUGUGCGUAAUUGCUACAAUACCUUUAACCCAACACUCCUCGGUAGCCCGCGCCAUACUAGGCGGGGCCCGCGUGCUUUCGGGCCACUUCAGCCCGAUGAAGCACGGAUUUGGGCCGGCCAACACGAGUGUGGCCCAAUUUCACGGUGGCAAAGUAUUCGCCCUAUGCAAGUCCGACCUUCCUUACGCUAUCAAACUCACGCCAGAUGGCGACGUCGUCACUCUCGGCCGGCACACUUUCGAAAGCCGUGAUUGUAAUUUUACGAACAUGACGGCCCACCCGAAAACCAACCUCCGGACAGGAGAGGUUUUUGCGUUCAGCUACACCGUACGGCGCCCGUUCCUUACCUAUUUCAGAAUAGGUUCGGACGGACGGGAGAUAAUAACGGAAGUCCCGAUUUAUUCGAUAGAACGCGCAUCGUUCGCGCACGAUUUGCGGUCACGGAGAGCCACGCGUUGUUUUGUGACUCGCAGAUCGUGAUCGAGCCAAUGGAGAUGUUGUGGGGCGGGUUGCCCAUGAAGAUCGACGCUGGUAAGGCACCGAGGGUUGGAAUAUUGGCUAAGUAUGCAUCAGAGGUCGGGUGUGUGUUGGGUGGAUGCUCCGGGUUUGAACGUUUUGCACGUGGUGAAUGCUUGGGAGGAGGACGGUGGGGACACGGUGGUAAUGGUGGCGUCCAAUAUAAUGCGGGUCGAGCACAUGUUGGGUCGGAUGGAUUUGGUCCGGAUGUCUUUGGAGAUGAUAAGGAUUGAUGUCAAGGGGAAGAGAGUGGUGGCCAGGUGUCCGGUUUCCAGGGAAAGCCUGGAUUUUGCUGUGAUUAAUCCUCAAUAUGCAGGGAAGAAAAGCAGGUAUGUAUAUGCAGCAGUUGUAGUUCCCACGCUAAAGGGAGCUGGGGUAGUGAAGCUAGAUCUUUCAUUUUCAUCCAAAAAGAUGGAUCACUUAGUUGCUAGACGGGUAUAUGGGCCGGACUGCUAUGGUGGCGAACCUUUUUUCGUGCCAAGGGAGCCCAAUAAUCUGGAGGCUGACGAGGACGAUGGUUAUUUAGUUAUGCAGGGUGCCUUAUGGUUUUCAUGGGAUUUUUGUGAAGGAAAAUGA